GAACGAUUCCAGUAUUACUCUUCUACACAGUCUAAUGAGAAUUCUAUGGUACCUAUUACUUCUACUUCGCGGUCUUGCGUUUUUUAUGGCAUUGGUUGUCGUUUCUAAUCCCACGAAAGUGAGUUGGGUUACGCUGAUUAAUGAACGUCAUAACAACACUAUCUAUAAAAGUCAAAAAGUAAAAAUUGGGCAUACAGAGACCGAAAUGAACAAUGAGCAACCUGACACAAAAGAAGUAGAAGGCCCGAAUUCUGUAACACCCACUCUCCUUUCUCCCAUUUUCGCCAGUGAUCGGCUUGCGCCAUCUUCUGUGUCACCUCCGAGACUUACACCCCCUAAUGGUUACUUUUCUACAUUUAUUCAUAAGGUUGUUUUGCCGACUACCAAACCAGAAGCGGUAUCGAGGAAUAAUAGUCGUAAUAGUACUAAAACAACAAGUCGGUCGAAGCGAAAACCAAAAAAGAGCAAGCGGCGUAGUGCUACGACUGAAACGCGUCCAGUAGUUUCUUCGACGGCUCGUUACAUACAACAGAUACGCUAUGAUGAGUUCCUGCGGGCUUUAGAUGCUCAGUUUUAUAUCCGCCCAGAGUUUACAGUGAACCACACUCCUCACAGGGCAUCUGGACUCGGAAAUGUUAUUUACGGGAUCAUGUCUACUGCUUUUAUCGCUUCUGUUACAGGCCGGUCUUUUCACAUCAACGCUGCCACGAACUUUUACGGGUCGUUGUUUGUCCCCUUCCAUCAGAUGGAUCGCUUUUCCAGCGAGACUGAUCCAUCCCUUUGUUUAGAAUUCAAUCAUAUUCCUAGCUUUUAUAGCUAUUUCUUGAAAACUCAACUUGCGAGCCUUUCUCAUAAACCCCAGCUCUGUUAUAUCUAUUUCUUGGAUAUCACGCGUGGCAACUUCAACAUCAAUUUCUAUCGAGCCACGCUCGAGAAUCUCGGAUUGAUUCCAGUCGUUCCUGGGAAAGUUUCAAGCGAAUGGGCAGGCUGGGAGUUUCGAUCGUUAAUGUAUCGGCUGCUCAUCAACCCGGACUACUCAAUGUGCAGCGCGAUUAACAAUCAUUUGAGGAAGCUGCACGAGCGUACGAUGAUCGGGAUUCAGUUGCGACAUGGCGGAACGACAGCGAACUAUCACGAGCGAAGAAUUCAAGGCGACUAUGCGAUGAACGUUGCUCUGAAUGAAGCCGCGAAAUAUAUGAAUAGCCACGGAUUGAAUCGGGAUAAUACUUAUUUGUACAUAUCAACCGAUUCCAGUUUAAUUUUGGAAAAGAUCAAAAAAAUCGUAAAUGAAACGGGUGUGGAUUUUAUGUAUCAUAUGGACGACUUUUCGAUUGGUCAUUCAGCCACUGGAAAGUCAGGUCUACUGGGGAAAAGUGUAUGGAAUAGCUUCUAUCAUCGUGCUCUGAUGGAUAUGUUCAUUUUGAAAGAUAGCGACUAUCUUAUUGUUUCUCAGGGAAGUAGCUUUGGAAAUAUCGCAGUGGAGCUUCAAAAGACGUAUAAUAAUGAAGUAUCGAGCGAAUCCUUUCUGAAGCAAAAGGGUUUUACCUGUUCUGUAUACUCGCAAAGAACAAAAGCAGGGGAGUCAUUUGUUAUUUCGCAGAAGAGAGGGUAUACAGAGAGGCAAUUAUUUUUUAAUGUGUAA